CAUUGGACAUCUCGUUCGUGUCCACACUUCUCGCGUCUUUCCACUUCGUGCAAUCAACAACAAAUCUGUAAGAUGACUUUCCAAGUUGAUCAACCGCCUCUCGAUCAAACGGCUUCAGAUACUUCGAGGGACAUAUUAGAUCCUGUGGCCCGAAGACGACUCCAAAAUCGUCUCAAUCAACGUGCGAGCAGACAAAGGAAGGCGUCAGAGUGUAAAAAGCAACGCAAUCCAGCCGACAGGAAAUGGAUUGUCUAUGUCGAGGGUUCAAACAUCCCAAAAAAGAAUGCAUCCAUAGAAGAAACAACAAGCCAUCAAGUUACUAAACCAUCGCCCCCUCCCCGCCAAAACGAAGAAUCUUUCUGUUACCUCAACCCUGUCCAGCGCGAUGAAUGUACGAAGUGGCUCCAUGCAAAAGCCUUGCAUAUGAUGGAGAACCCGGUUCUCUCACCCAAUCCCACUUUUUACAUCUCCCAGUACAAUAUAAUCCGGGCUAUAUUAUUCAACGCCGAACUCAUGGGCCUCACACUUGAUCUUCUCAACGAAGACCUCGCGUCGCAGUUCAACCUCAUCGGUCCAUCGACGUCGGCGACACGUCUCCCAGCAAGCCUGUGUCCAUCCCCAAAACAAAAGAAAAUCAUCCACCACCCCUGGAUCGAUUUGAUUCCAAUGUUGUCUCUACGGGAGGCGCUCUUGGCUAGGGUAGAUGUACUCGACGAAGAUGAAGUAUGCAGCGAUCUUUAUGGGGGUUGUGCUUCGCAAGAAGUCGGGCUUUGUGUUUGGGGCGAAGCUUGGGAUCCACGUGCUUAUGAGGUCUCGGAGACGUUGACCAGGAAAUGGAGUUGGAUGGUAAAACGACUGUCCCGAUGUCAUUAA